CGGAAACCCGGCGGCCGUACAGUAGUAGGCAGCAGUGUCACCUGCAGCCGCAACCUCACCAAGGCGGAAGUGAAGCUCGUUGGCGGCUAGGGUUUUUGCGGCCUCCCGCAGUGACCAAAGCCCAAACCCUAGAGCACCCGCGCCCAUUCCAUGGCGUGCUAGGCCUCGAUCGAGGCUGCGGGGAUUAGUACCGCGGGUUGGGAUUAGAGCAAGCGCCGACCCGAAAUGGCGUCGAGGAACCAAUUCGAUCUCCUUGGAGACGUCGACAACGACGACCCCGCCCACCUCCUCGCAGCCGCCGAGAAGAAGGCGGCCGCGGCGCCUAAGCCUGCGCCUGCGCCAGCGCCCGCGCCGGCCAAGCUGCCUACCAGGCCACCUCCGCCCGCGCAAGCUGUGAGGGAAGAAAGGAGCUAUGGUGCUCCACCGCGCGAUGGACCUGGACGUGGUGGUCCAGGACGCGGAAGAGGCAGCCGUGGCGGCAGGACUGGCCCGAGGCGAGAAUUUGGUGAUGCUGGUGCCAAUGGCUUUGAGGGAGGGUAUGGUGGUGGUGGUGGCUUUGGAGACGGUGCAGUUGCUCGCGGUGAAAAUGGUGAGGGGAGGCAGGCAGAGAGGGGCCGUGGGCCGCGCCAGCCUUACCGUGGAGGUGGGCGCCGUGGUGGGUAUACUGAUGGGCAGUCUGGGGAUGAGUUCGGACGCCCUCGCCGGGCAUAUGAGCGCCACAGCGGCACGGGCCGUGGCUAUGAGAUGAAGCGUGAAGGGUCUGGGCGAGGAAAUUGGGGAACUGCAACCGAUGAAGGCCUUGCACAGGACACUGCAGAUGCUCUUAAUCCUGAGGAGACUUCUGCCGUGGUGGAGGAUGAGAAGAAACCUGAAGAUGCACCACAGUCUGAGGUUGAGAAGGACAAGGACGGUGCAGAGAAUGAAGAGGAGGAAAAGGAACCUGAGGAUAAGGAGAUGACUUUGGAGGAAUAUGAAAAGGUACUGGAGGAAAAACGAAAAGCUUUACUUGCCCUUAAGGCUGAGGAGAGAAAAGUUGAAAUUGACAAGGAGCUGCAGUCCAUGCAACAAUUGUCAGUUAAAAAGGAUGCUGAUGAAGUGUUUAUCAAGCUGGGCUCUGACAAGGACUUGAAAAAGAAAGAAAAUGCUGAAAGAGAAGAACGGGCCAAGAAGUCCCUGAGCAUCAACGAAUUCUUGAAGCCGGCUGAAGGUGAGAGGUACUAUAACCCCAGUAGCCGUGGCCGUGGGCGCGGUAGGGGUCGUGGUGAGCGUGGGGGGUUCCGUGGUGGUUACAAUGGUAGCUAUCGGGGACCAGCUGCUGCUCCAGCCAUCGAAGACCAGGCUCAGUUCCCUGCCCUGGCCUAAGCACAGCUCGGUUUACUCCUGAGUUCGCUCAAGAUCAUGUCACUGUUGUUGAGUCCUCUUGUUGCUGCUGCUGCUGCUAUGUCGCUCCCAGCAUGUUUAUCGCCGUGCCGUGUGGUGUAUCCGUGUGUGGUGUUGUAGGGGUUACCUGCUUCUGUUUUUUUGGUAGGAUUAUGUGUCCAACAUUUCUCAUGUACUGGUGUGCUCGUGAUUAAAUGGUUUUGCUCACUGAGAAAUUAAAUCC